AUGCAAAGCAGUUGGUAUUGGAAGAAGAUUGUGGCUGUCAAAGAGAAAUUUAAAAGUUUUAUUAAUGCUGGCCAAUUUACUCAACUUGAUUACAGUAUAAAAAAGGGGUACUUGCUGCUGUGUCCUCCUCAAACUCGGGUUUCAUGGAGCAAUGAGAUUUGGGGGAGACUUAACGUUCCAAACCACAGUGUCAUACUGUGGUUGACCAGGCUGGAUAGAUUGAAAGCAAAGCAGAGACUUCAUAAAAUUCGAGUGAUUCCUGAUAGCAGCUGUUUAUUAUGUGGGCAAAGUGAAGAGAAUAUUGAGCACUUAUUUUUUAAGUGCCCUUUCAGUAACAGGUGUAUAAAAAGUCUCAAAGAGAAGCUGGGAUGGAGAGUUAAAACAGAGGCCAUUUAUCCCUUGCUAAGAUGGAUUUCGAAGGCUAAAGUAAGCAGGUUCAAGAAGCAAGUCCUUGCUGCCUUUGUUGCUGCUGGUGUGUACCAGGUUUGGAAAACCCGAAAUGAAGUGCUGUGGUUUCAAUAG